UGAGAAUUUUGUGUACAUAGUAAGAUAUUGUUUUUGUAUGUGAUUAAAGUUCUUUUGACAACUAUGAUUUUCUUAAAAGCACAAGCCAUUGAAGGCUGUAUUCGAAAUUCAUAUCGUUGCUUUCAUGUGUCGCAGCAGCUGCACGAUUGUGAUGCAGACUAUAACAUUAUCGAUCACAAGUACGAUGCAAUUGUGAUUGGGGCUGGUGGGGCCGGAAUGCGUUGUGGCUUCGAGCUGGCCCGGCAUGGCUUCAAGACGGCGAUGUUGUCCAAGUUAUUCCCCACACGCUCCCACACGGUGGCGGCCCAAGGUGGCGUUAAUGCGGCACUGAGCAAUAUGGACUCUGAUGACUGGAGAUUCCACUUCUACGACACGGUCAAGGGCAGCGACUGGCUGGGCGAUCAGAACGCCAUACACUACAUGUGCCGCGAGGCGGAGGAAGCUGUCUACGAGCUCGAUCAGUUUGGAAUGCCGUUCUCGCGCACCAAGGACGGAAAGAUCUACCAGCGACCCUUUGGUGGGCAGACUCUUGACUACGGUACGGGCGGGGUGGCUCGACGCUCCUGCGCUGUGGCCGAUCGCACCGGACAUGCUUUGAUACACACACUGUACGGCCAGACGCUUAAGUACAAAGAUCUUUGCCACUACUACGUUGAUUAUUUUGUACUCGAUUUAAUUAUGGCCGAGACACGCUGUGUGGGAUGCCUGGCCUGGAAUUUGAACGAUGGCACCUUUCAUCGCUUUCUCGCUAAUAAUACUGUAGUUGCUACUGGUGGCUGUGGACGCGUCUACUUCUCGACCACUGCCGGACACACAUGCACCGGGGAUGGCAACGCUUGUGUGUCGCGAGCUAAAUUGCCACUGAUGGAUAUGGAGUUUGUACAGUUUCAUCCCACUGGCAUGUACGGAGCCGGCUGUCUCAUCACGGAAGGUGUACGUGGCGAGGGCGGUUUCUUUGUCAACUGUAAGGAGGAGCGUUUCAUGGAGCGCUAUGCACCGCAGGCCAAGGAUCUGGCCUCGCGCGAUGUUGUCGCACGUGCCAUGACACUGGAGGUGCUACAAGGGAAUGGCUGUGGCCCACUCAAGGAUCAUGUCCACUUGCAGCUCCAUCAUAUCGAUCCGCAAAUCUUACGCGAACGCCUACCCGGCAUCAUGAAGACGGCCAAAAUAUUUGCCAAGGUGGAUGUGACCAAGGAACCGGUGCCGGUGUUGCCCACGGUGCACUACAAUAUGGGUGGUGUACCCACCGAUUUCAAGGGUCGCGUGCUCACUCUUGACGAUGAGGACAACGAGCUGAUUGUCAAGGGUCUCUACUCAUGCGGAGAGACUUCAUGCGCUUCGGUGCAUGGCGCCAAUCGCUUGGGCGCCAACUCUCUGCUCGACUUGAUUGUCUUUGGGCGCUCCUGCGCAAUCGAUAUUACAACCAACAACUGCCCGGGCGAUGAUCCGCCCGAGGUGGGCCAAGGUGCCACAGACGCAUCGAUAGAUAACUUUAAAAAGUUACGUCAUGCCAAUGGAAAAACUACAACGGCCUCCUUGCGUAUUGAACUUCAGCGCACUAUGACAAUGCAUGCUGCUGUUUUCCGCGAGGGGAAGUUGCUCAAGCAAGGAGUUGACAAGGUGAUCGCAUUGUGUAAGGCAUUCAAGGAUAUUAAAGUGUUUGACAGGACGAUGGUGUGGAAUACGGAUCUGGUUGAGACUCUGGAACUGCAAAAUAUGCUGGCCAACGCUGUGCAUAUCGUCACCGCUAUGGAGAAUCGCAAGGAGUCGCGUGGAUCACAUGCACGUGAGGAUUUCAAGGCGCGCUUGGACGAAUAUGAUUACAGCGCUCCCAUCGAGGGACAAGAGAAGAAAGCCUUUAAGGAUCACUGGCGUAAGCAUACUUUGACAUUUGCGGAGGGCGACGAGGGAUGCACCACCAUCAAAUACCGACCGGUCAUUGACGAAACCUUGGAUGACAGCUUACAAUCCAUACCACCAGCUUCGCGUACAUACUGAACAUAUAUAUUUUUAUAAUACUUCAAUUGUCUCCUCUCCAAAACCAAAUCGACUAUAGAGAAAUAAAUAUGCUCUCUGAAUAACAUGGCAUAGCUGUAACCAUUACAACAAAAUUAUGUGUGCUCCAAUUAGCAGAAAAUUAACACACUCUAAAAGCUUUCCGUUCAUUAUCAAAACCGCCAAGUUUCAAUGGAACUAAACACAAUUAUUUGAAUACAUGAUAAAUUACGUUCUGAAAAUCAAGUGAAAAUA